GUCGGUGCAUCGCGGAUGCAUCCUGCAGCCGCGGGAGAGACUCGUCCGCGAAUCCGUCGGGGGCUGCUGCUGCUGCUGCUGCUGCACGUGCAGCAGGUGGGGGGAUGUGCAACGCGAUUUUCCGCCUAUAUAAAGGCAGAUGCACCGACAGCUCCUCGGUAUCUACGUAUCGGUCGUCGUUUAAGGACAACAAAGGGCCGCCUGCCCAAGGAUCGUUCGCAGAUCUGUUCGACCACGAAAGAGGAGAUCCUGGCCGCGAUGAAGACGGUGUUCGUUAUCCUGGCGCUCGUAGCCGGCGUUCUCGCGGCGCCGCAAGGUAAUCCGAACGAUAUCACGAUCGUGAAGCAGGAGGAGUCGAACAACAUAGGGGUAGGUGGGUACCAUUUCAGUUAUGAGCAGAGCGACGGCCAGAAGAGGGAGGAGACGGCGGAAUUGAAGAACGAGGGCACCGAGAACGAGUCCAUCAGCGUCGUCGGUAGCUUCAGUUUCAUCGCGCCGGACGGACACACGUAUAGGGUCGAUUACACCGCGGAUGAGAACGGAUUCAAUCCGAAAAUCAAUCUCGUCGCGAAGUAAGACGGGCUCGAGGACUCAAGUUACAUCAUAACAUUAAGUCGCCGACGUACACGCUCGUGUAAUUACACGCGAAUUAGGAUACCUUUAAUCGUAUGACUGCGAGGCACGCGAUUCACCGAUGCGAACGACUGGCUUGAGGUCGCUGGCUCGAGAACGAUCCUUCCGCGCGAUUGUUCCUCUCUGGCCGAUUCGUUCUCGCGAGUUCCGCGAUAUCGAUCAACGGUAUCUUACAAAGACAGAACACCGUAAGAUCGAUGCGCGUUAAAAUUAACAAUGAUCGUGUAAUUGGACUGAAUUACCUGAAACGUUUUGCAUUGUCUUUGCUCCAAAAACUAAGAAUUUAAUGAUUCUUCGGACAGAGCAGAACGUCUGUAAAUAUGUAAAAGAAGUGUGUAUAUACAUUUCUAUACACACACAAUUGUUAACAAAAUUAUUUCGCUCAAUACUACUUUUUCUCUACAUUCGUGUAACAUCGCGAUAAACGAGCCAUGCGUUCGCAACUUCCGCGAGUGAAACGCGUGCUUACUCGCAACUGGCGAUAUGUAUCAUUCAAUUUCUUGAAACUGCCACUUUGAACACUUUGAACGAAAGACGUCCUCCGUUUGCAACUCUAAUUUUCCAGCGAGGCGACGAUGCAGCACUCAUCGGGGUAUCGCAGUAUUGCGUUUUUCACCGGCGCAACUUCUUUCUCUUUUUUUUAUACACGUAUCUAUAUCUAUCUAUAACAGAAGACCAUUCGUGCAAAUAAACUUGUAUACAUACUGAAAUCUUUCUGUGAUUGUUUACCAUGUUGUGCUUCUUGCACAAUCAAUAAAGCCCACUUAAAACGAUU